AAACAUUGGUCAAAUUCAACGCUGAAGGGUACGAUUUGGAAUCCAACCCCAAAAUGCUAUGACAUUGUAGAAUUGCAUAAAUCAGAGAUGCCCUUUAUUGAUCUUACUAUGUGCCCAACUACUCCAACUGAUCAAGUUGAAAAAAACAAACUCAACAUUGGGCCUCAAUAUUUAUCCAAUAAUGAGGAAGAAAGUGAUGUAGGUCAACCAAACAGGAAAGUGGAUAUUGCUACAGAAAUAUUAGCGGAUACUAAUGAAAGCAUGUUUGAAGUGCAUCAUUUAUUAAAUUCCACGCCGACUGACAAAGUCGAAAACUCUAUACCAGAACGCUGUAGAAGUGUUGUAGAAUCAAUUUCGAAAGUGUGGCAAUUACUUAAUCCCAAUGGCAAUUCCGUUCCAACUGGUCGGGUGCAAAAAAUCAGACUUAAUAGAAGAAUAUUAAAUCCUCCAAAAAGGACAAUGGAUACAAAUUUCAAAGAUAAACUGAACUUAAUUGAAAGAUCGUUGAAAAAGAAAUGCACAGAAACAAGCGAUCAUACAAGUACAGAUAUAAAUAGAAGGAGCUAUCCUGAGGAUUCAAGUGAUAAAGAUUUGUCGAACAGUUGUUCGAUUCAGGAUUCAAGCACAACAAGCGCUGAUGACUUGGAGUCAAUUGCAGAUCUGAACGAAAACAUAUUUAAGCCGGUAAGCGCCAUAAAAUAUGUGUUCAUUUCAAUUUAUUUGUAA